UGACUUGCGAUCUGGAUAUCGAUCUCAGUAUGUAUUUGUUAAAUUAUGCGUGGAGCUAGGAAAUUAUGUCCUUGGCCAACGAAUUCAUGAAUGGAAGAUCGCAGGAUCUGGUGACAGUAUUAAUAAAAUUCUACGAUCAUAUUAUACUGCAAUUCUGUUGGAUUCAUUUUUACCUGUUGAGAACAAACGUUUCGAUAGUUUCUCUUUUCAGCGCUCGGUGCAACGAUUCAGGGAAAGAGUAGAGAACGAUCCGAAGGAAGUUGGAUCGAUGGUACGGGUACUGUUUGGUAGGUACGGACCUGGUACGGUCUCACGGGCGAGGGCCUUUCAACUCGAUCUCCGUAUAUCCACUACAGUCUCUCGUAAGGUGUGGUUCUCGGCGUUCUGGUCAGAACUAUGCUCGUCCGGAAUCAACAAGUGCUUCUCGAGACUACGCCGGGAAAACACUUGACCUAACCGAACUCUCCUCAGUGGCAAAACAGCUUCUUCUCCGUCGGCCGCAAAAUAGCGCAUACCCGGCGAGCUCGGCCACCAGUCGACUAUAGACUCGCGUCAGAAGAAAUCGGCGUGCCGCGUUAACAAUUUUGUGAUAAAACGAUUGAAUCGUAUGGGAAAGUCGUUCGUUUGUUACGUCGCAAUCAUUGGACCAGGAAAUUUGUGCGAAUUCAUUUCUGGGUAAUGAUUGAUGGAUCGAUGAAUCAUUGAUUUUUAUCCGCGAAGAUGCCGAUGUGACGCGCGCGCUUCGACUCUCGGAUCGAGCAGAACGAUCCCUGACUCACGUAUAUGUCGUGUACCUGCCACCGGAGUUCCGCUACACGUGACUUCUUCACAGCUUGCCGAACGUCUGCAUAUCCGCGAAUUACAAUCUGAUAAGAAGGAAACCGCGAGGUCUGAGGGAAAUCAAGAGUUACCGCGAAAAUGAAGGGUGCGUUUUUGAUCGUUGCGAGCGUGCUCUGUAUGAGAACCCUCGGUCUGCCGAACGGCGCGCCUGAGGACUCGUGCAUCGACCUGACGCCUCGUCAUCCCGGAGUCUCGAACCAGGAGAGCUAUCCACCCCCUUACCAGGUUCUACCGGCUGCUGGCCAAGGAAGAGUCCGUUUGAUCCUAGGAAGCCCGCAGGGUCUUGCCUAUCAGGGCUUCAUGAUACUCGCCCGAGACGCGGACACCGGCGAAUUGGUCGGUGAAUUUGCGAAUUUACCUGACACCGCGAAGAUCGUCGAGUGCACGCGAGGCGUUAAGAACGCGGUGACUCACACGAACACCAGCAAGAAGCAUAACCUCGAGCUCGACUGGGAGGCACCCGUGGAUUACGAAGGCACCAUUGUCUUCAAAUCGACGUUCGCUCAGGAUUACAAUACGUACUGGGUCGGCGUUGAAUCGCCGCGAGUUAACGUUCGCAAGCGAUUCAUCGACGUGUUGACCUCGUCCACCCCGGGCACCACUCAGCGAGCCACAACGCCGCCCUAUUAUAGUCCGACCGUUGAUUACGAGACAAAGGAUGCUGAGGAUCCUUUCUACACCGGAUGUGGUUCGACGAAGAAUUGCUUCGGUACUCCGCCGGGAUGUGUAGAGACGAAAAAUUGCAUGGCAGCGGUCGCCGUGCUCGUUCGUGGAGAACGAUACCUGUUCGAGUUGCAAGCCCGUGACAACAGUAAAUACGUUGCCGUCGGCCUGUCCGAUGACAGCAAAAUGGGUGACGACAGCGUGGUCGAAUGCACGAAUGAAAAUGGAGAAAUCGGACUGCACAUGUCUUGGAAUACUGGAAAGAAGAACACCCGCCAGCCUAUGCAAGAAGGAGCCGUCAAAUUGGAGGCUGGUUCCAUCAAGGACGAUAUGAUCUCGUGCAAAUUUUUGAGAGAGAAGACCACGGUCGUCCAAGGCCGCGAGUACGACCUCGUCAACAAGCCUUACAACCUCCUAAUCGCCGCCGGAAAGGGUUUGAACAGUAACGGUGUCGGGUUCCACGAUGCUGCUUACGCUGCGACUGGAGGUGCGAAGCUGUUGUCCGACGUGGGCGGUUUCACAACGGCGAGCAACGUACUGAUUCGAGUGCACGGCGCUCUGAUGCUCGCUUCUUGGAUCGGUACAGCGUCCGUUGGCAUUCUCCUGGCCAGAUACUACAGGCAGACUUGGGUCAGCUCGCAGUUAUGUGGAAAGGACCAUUGGUUCGCCUGGCACAGAUUCUUCAUGAUACUAACGUGGUCGAUGACGAUUGCUGCUUUCGUGAUAAUAUUCGUCGAGUUAGGUGAAUGGAGCUCCGAGGUAAUCCACGCGUCUUUGGGUCUGGCCACGACAAUUUUAGCCUUCGUUCAACCCUUUAUGGCAGUGAUGAGACCCCAUCCAGGGGCACCUCGAAGACCCCUCUUCAACUGGGCCCAUUGGUUCGUCGGGAACGCGGCGCAAAUUUGCGGCAUAAUUGCGAUCUUCUUCGCGGUGAGAUUAAACAAGGCGAAACUCCCCGAGUGGAUGGACUGGAUUCUAGUCGCCUACGUCGUAUUCCACAUUCUGACUCACCUCGUUCUGACGUUCGUGGGAUGCGCGUCUGAUAGGCAGGCAAGUCAGAGGGUGAAUUCGUUCCCGAUGAAAGACAUGCACUCCCGCGGCUCGAUGGUUCACCCAGACGCAAGGCAGGACGCUCCCCACGCUGGAGUAAGGAAAUUCAUCUUCGGCGUGUACUUCGUGGUGAUCGUCCUAUUCACCGCUGCUCUGAUCGUGAUCACCGUGCUAGCACCCAUCGAGGACACUUGGGUCACCAUCACGAACACCAUAAAAAAUUAUUAA